AUGGAUGGUCUUCUUCCCUGGGAUGCUUCUGAAUAUGCCACCAAUAUGCCGAUCUUGUGGAACACCCACCAACUAGACAUUGAAGAGGAAGCAGGCUACUCCAUGCCUCACUUGGAUUAUCAACCAGCUCAAACAGGUCAAUAUCACCACAAUCUUUAUUCAGCUUUUGAUCUUGUUCCGGAUUAUUUCGACACCAAUAUGGCCGACGACCAGCAGCAACAACAACUCAUCAAUAAUGGAGAUGACGGGAAUAUUUCCAUGAUUCUCUCUGAUAGCUAUAGAAGAAACACAUGGAACUUCAACAACAAUGCUAUUUCAGUUUCCCCGGGCGAAUCUCAGAAAAGUAAUAACGCUUCUGCAACUUCCAAUGGUAGCAGAAAGAACAAGGACGACGUCGUUCUAUGUAAUGUCAGUGAAAUUGAAGAGGCCAUCUCCCGGAGCACUUCAUCACGUCCAUGUGUCGUCGUCAAUAAUAUUUCAGAACCUAACAAGCCCAAUCAUGCAAAAAAGAGUUUUGGGCUUGUUUCAUCAUCGUCUUCUUCAAACAUAAAUUUUCAGCAGCCAAACUCAAGCAUAUCAUCUAAUUCCAGUAGUAUUGGCCAAGAGCCUGAUCAAGAGGCUAUAGCAUUAAUGAAGGAGAUGAUAUAUAGGGCUGCGGCUUUCAGGCCUGUGAACUUAGGUUUGGAGGUAGUGGAAAAGCCCAGAAGGAAGAAUGUGAGAAUAUCGACAGAUCCACAGACUGUGGCAGCAAGGCAAAGGAGAGAGAGAAUAAGUGAGAGGAUUAGGGUUUUGCAGAAGAUAGUGCCUGGUGGAAGCAAGAUGGACACAGCUUCAACGCUUGAUGAAGCUGCAAAUUAUCUAAAGUUUCUCAGGUCACAGGUCAAAGCUUUGGAAAGUCUAGGGGACAAGCUUCAUUAUUCUAUGAACUGUACCCCUCUCUCUUUUACAAACUCUAGUCAUCAAUAUUACUUUCAGCAAUACCAUCCCACCAAUUUAGGGAAGGAGAGUUAA